AUGUCAUAUCAAAAUACGGACGGCGUGACCGGAUCCUUGGUGACUUUCGAACCAACAGAAUAUCUAGAUCCGUAUACGGAUGAAGUGACUGGUGAGACUGUGAAGGUUUCUCCUCCCUAUGAGUGGCAUCGAAUGUGGGGCCAGAAGAGUUCAAUGGAGGACCAAAGAGAGGAUACUAUAAUGGUUGCAACCGGAACUCAAGGAUAUACUCAUUCUGAGUUAGUCACGAAUGUAAAAGAGGAUCUAACAGGUGAUGGUAGGGAAACUAAUCAAGGAUCAAGAGCAUAUGAGGAGAGUGAAGGUGUUGCAAGAGCAAAGACUCAAGAAGAAGAGUAUGCGGCUUUGGCAAGUGGAGAAACCCAAUUAGACUCCCGGAGGAGGAAGAAGUCAGAACGCUAUGCCGGAGGGAGGACGCCUUUUUCCUCAUCUGGAACAGUGACGAAACAUACUUCGGCGACACAAAAUCCCAAGUCCUCAAGGAGGAGGAAAGCGUGA